CGGACUGCGGAGAAAGAGGAAGAGGGCUGGCAAAUGUCGCCGUAUUUUCAUACAAUGAGACCAAUGAGACCUCGCGCGAGAAUCGGUUCGAAGUUUGUUGUUGAGAAAUGAUAGAUCAGCUGAAAUCCAUGGAAAGAUGAGUUGACACGCAAUAUGAAGAAGUCAUUCAACCCUGUGGCGGAUGCCAGAAACGACUGCCUCGACCAGACGAGGCGUCUUUACAGAGGGGUAACAGAUAUUGCCCAGAGGCUCGAUGAGCAGAGGAGCCGGUCUUUGUCAGUUGUCGACAUUUUUACACCGUCAGGAGAAACCCUCAGAGCCAAACUAAGAGAUUACUGCGAGAGACUGAUAUUCAAAGACACCAUUGGCCAUGCUCGCAAGAUCGAGGAACUCUUGUGGCGGCGGGGCUUCUACGAUGUCGUUGCCGCCGUUAAAAAACUGCGAAAGGCUAACUCUUGGAAUGAGACUGAAAAAGCAUUUUUAUCCACUCACCUGGCAGUGGGUGUGGGAUUUUACCAUCACUUGAUUCUGAGGCUCCAGCUUGAAUGCAACCUAGAUUUGAUGGGCGUUAUAGACUUUGCCUAUCCUCAGAAUAAAGAAGUGUUAUCCAACCGAAAACAAAAGUCUUUGCAAAGUAAAAUGCAUGCAGAGGAAGUAAGACAGUGUGCUAUACGAUUUAUUCAUCGUAGUUUAAUAUGUUUGGGAGAUCUAUCAAGGUAUAAACUAGACUUAGAUCCAUAUUGGGACCCAAAAACUGCAACUAGAUAUUACAAGAUGGCUAUUCUGAUAGAUCCAAACAUUGGAAUGCCCCAUAAUCAACUGGGAACUAUGUCUGGAAACAAAAAUUUUGGACUCGAUGCUGUUUAUUAUUAUAUGAGAUGCAUGUUAUGCUCAGAAUCAUUUGAGGGUGCAGAGGGUAAUCUGAAGAGAAUGAUUACAACCCAUUCUUUCACGGGCAAGGAAGAAGAUCAACUCCAUCGCUGCAUCGCGCAACUUCUUUCUUUGUUACAACUUUGGAAUUCCAUCUCUCCAAACUCUGAUAGCAUAAAUCAAGUCAGCCAAGAAUUACUUACCGAAAUUGAAAAUUGUCUCACACUUGAAACAACUGAAUCAGACAGCAAGAAGGAAGAAGAAAGCAGCAUUCAAUUGUACCUACAAAGUUUUGCUGAGGAUGAACCUUACCAUCUAACCGAUGAAAUGAUGUUCAAAAUCGUGGUAAUCUGUUUCAUGACAAUAAUGAAACUCCAGAGUAAAGAUUCGCCGGAAGUUCGCGGGGUAAUCGCAUUCACUUUGGCUAUUUUAUCCCAAUUGCUACAAACUACUAUUGAGAGAUUACAAGAGUCGGUGAUCAAUAUCUCCCUGCUGAACGGAGAAGAAUAUGUGACAAGUAACCCCCAAUUUGUAGGGGAAAAUGGAAAUGACGAAUUAAAGAGUGACGAUAUUCAAGAGAUAAACGGAAUUAAUAUUGAUAAUAAACAGAGCGUACUAAACUGCGAUAAUAACUUUCUCGAUAUUAAUGAUAAUCGUAAACACUCGGAUAAUAUUGAAGACAUUGUUAUUGGUGUUGAUGAUCUAUUGAAUGGAGCCAAAAAGUCGAAAGACAAAUCAAAGAGUUUAUUGACCAAGCUUAGACGUCCUCGAAGGCGCAAAAAUAGUUCUGACUCUGAUGCGAGUGACGCCGAUGGUGCAACAAUAGGAUCUUCCAGCGAUGAACUGAACUCUGAUAUUUCCGAAACUGAGGAGGAUGCUUUGAGCGAGGAAAUUAUUUUGUCAGAUGACGCUGUCUCUGAAGAUUUGAGUGAUACCGAAGUUGAUAAAGUAAUAAACAAGGAACAAGAUUCUGCCGUUGGAAAUGAAACUAGUAUUAUAGACGAGGCAAACCCGACUUUGACUGAAAUUAAAGAGAGUAAAAACACUGUGAAAGCCAGCAUAUCGUCAAACGGUGUUAACGAGACAGUUUUGAAAGAUGACAGGGAUUCCACGACAAAUUCUGGAAGUGCAAUAACCGUAACAACGAACGUUGAUUCAAGUAGUGCUUACGAUGAAAGUAAUGGCUCAAAUAAUACUGUCACCUAUAUAGCUCAGUUGAAGAAGCAGAGUCUGGGUGCUGCUGAAAUAAUAAAUGUUUUAAUGGGCGAAGGAAUUUUGGCAUCAAUCAAAGUUUGCUUCGACUGGUUGAUUGGUAACCCUGACAUUGUGCAGUCAUGCGCUAAAAGUUCAAGUACACUACUGAAAAGGAUAUCGACGUUAUUGAAUUUGAUCAACAUAAACGCGGAUGCUUUGUUCAAAAACCCAGAGAACAUCACACUAUUCCAAAACCUCAAUAGCCAAAAUUUGAUUAAAUCUGUUGAAGUAGUACCGCUUCCCGAAGAUAUUGAGCUAAAAGGCCUUAAAGUUUUUGAUAAUACGCAGAAGAUUCUUGACUGGGAAUUCCUAAAGAAAUUUAGAAUGAAUAAAAGAGAAGAAACGCUACUAAGGAGUAUGAAAUUGAUUAAAUUUGGUCAUUUUCUAUGUGCUAUGGAGGAGUCUGGCAUGUCAUAUGAUGAAACUAGACAGCUCUUUGUUACCUCGGAUGUCGAUAAUUCCACAGUAUCAAAUGUAGAUAGCAAAAAAGAGAAGAAGGAAUCUGAGGCAGAUCAUCCACAGGGAAAACUAAUGAGGCAUAUGGGAAGACUGUGGUUGAAAGCCGAAGUUAGAGCAUUAGAAACCCGUUUGCGGUCCAGAUUAAUGUCGCCAUAUCUUGUGCCUGACCACGAGGCUCUCUCGAAGCACAUGCCAGCGCUGAAGCGUCUCGUUUAUGCAAAGCGAUUCAUUGUUGUCAUACCUUCCGUGGUCGUUUCUGCCUUGGAUGAGGUAAAGCGCACGAGCAGUCGAGCAAGGGAAGCAACUAGGUGGCUAGAAGCCCAAUUGAGACGUGGUUCGAGAUUUUUACGCGCUCAAAGACCGCACGAACGGCUUCCAAUCCCCCUAGUCAAAGGACCCAGACCAAAGGACAAGGAGGCAUGGCUCUACUUUCAAAUAAUCGAAUGCUGUCACUAUCUGACAAACCAGACGAAAGUCAGUCUUACGAGCGAAGGAGAAGCCCCUGUUGUUACGCUACUGACUGGAUGCAGCGCGGAUGAACAAAAAACGGCAAAUUUCAGUCCAGUUGGUCUUGCCAAAAGUGCAGGAGUUAACCUGGAACAUAUAGAAUCGUUUCACACGAAAUGGAAGGCGUCCAGUAAGAGUCACGGUUGAAGGCGAAAGGCCGAUGAGAGAACAGCGUCUGCAAUUCUCGUAUAUCACAACGAUAACCGUGGGAUUCAUCCGCCAGUAAUAGAACCGCGCAUUAAAGGGCGAACGUUUCGGCGAGUGCGAGUGGGGUUGGAAACCCGCAACGAAUAUCAUAACACUAAAUUUGAAACAAUGCGGAUAACUUAAUGUUUCUGCAUUGUAUAUUUCUAAAUUAAAAAAAAACCGUCAUAUAUUAUUUUUCCCUUAAUUAAUCGCAUUCUCCUAAGUUACAUUAUAGAAAUUGUAUUUUCUAUGUCCAUAUUUCCGAAUAAAAAUAAAUUCAUAUUAGUAAUAUCACAUAGUUACAUUUUGUAGAAUGUGGGACAUUCGAACGCAUCGCAAGUUUGAGUGUGGGAAAUCCCCAUUCGUAACCAUAUUUGGAAGCAU